AUGAGCGAGCCUUCUGGAGACAGCGGUUUGUCCAAGCAGCUCCUCUGCCUCACUCGAACUCAGAGCCAGGAGGCAAGUCUGCAGGCUGUCAAGGCUCCUGUCUGCAAGCCUUCAACGCCUGUGGGCCCUCUUUGGGCGAAGAAGAGGGAAAGUGACCUUUGCACCUGUGGGAAAGAGCCCAGGCAGCGGCCUGCAGGUGAGGAGCUGCCCCAGGCUCACCUGGGGUGGCCAACCGGGAGGGGCAGGGGAAGAGGCAGAACCACGGAGGACGGCCACACUCCUGAUGCUCAGGUGUCCCCGCAAGUCUCUCUGAAGGUGGAGCGCUUGCUUCGGAGACUGGGCUGCUGGAUUUUAUGGAUUCUUCCAGUUCACACCAAUUCAUCUUCUGCAAAUCUGGCACCGAAGCUCCCUCCCACAGGGCACUCCAUAGAUGCACCUGCAUGGGGUAAGUACAGCUGUGGAGGAUGCAAAAACUUUUUCAAGCGGGCCAUCAGUAAGGACCUUAUCUACAACUGCCGUGAUAACAAAAACUGCCUGAUUGAGAAAUGUCAGCGGAAUCGCUGCCAGUAUUGCCGCUACCAGAAAUGCUUAGCAAUGGGCAUGAAAAGAGAAGCGGUUCAGGAGGAGAGGCAGAGGAGCAGGGAGAGGGGUGAAAACGAAGCCGAGGCUUCGACUCCCAGCAAGCAGCACCCACUGUGCAAUUUCGAAGACAUGCCCGUGGAGAGGAUUUUGGUAGCUGAAAUGGGCGUGGAGCCCAGAACCUGGAAACCUCACAGCGACAUUAACAAGUGCUGGAUUUCAACUCCAACCCAUUACCCCGUUACUAACAUAUGCCGCGGGGCUGACAAGCAACUGUUCACCCUAGUGGAAUGGGCCAAACGGAUCCCCCACUUCUCCAACCUGACACUGGAAGACCAAUUUAUUCUUCUCCGUGCAGGUCGGAAUGAACUGCUGAUUGCAUCUUUCUCCCAUCGCUCUGUCUCUGUGCAGGAUGGUAUCCUGUUAGCCACCGGCUUACAUGUGUACCGGAGCAGCGCCCACAGUGCUGGGGUGGGCUCAAUUUUUGACAGAAUCCUCACUGAGCUGGUGUCCAAAAUGAAAGAGAUGCAGAUGGACAAAUCAGAGCUGGGAUGCCUCCGAGCCAUCGUCCUGUUCAAUCCGGAUGCCAAAGGCCUAUCCAGUCCAGCAGAAGUAGAAUUGCUACAGGAGAAAGUGUACGCAGCUCUGGAGGCAUAUACCAAGCAGAAAUAUCCAGAGCAACCUGGAAGGUUUGCGAAGCUUCUCCUGCGGCUGCCUGCUCUGCGAUCCAUUGGGCUGAAGUGUGGGGAGCACUUGUGUUUCUUCAAACUGAUCGGGGACACCGCAAUUGACACCAUUCUCAUGGAGAUGCUGGAAACACCCCUCCAGAUCACUUGA